UUUAUUGAGGUAAAGGUUCAGUAGUUGAACUUCUGAGAUGAGCAAUGUGUGCAUAUUAAUUCAUUAAUUUCAUUCAUUUUUACCGAGGUAGGUGAAAACCUUAUCAGGCAAAAAUAAUUAUUUAAAGCUGGCUCAUAUAUCUUUAAAGUUAUUUGCAGUGUUAUGGUCAGUUGGUCUCAUCUCAGCCCAACUGAAUCUGAAUUUAAACAUCUGGUGUGGACACAUGUUUUGCAGCCUCACAUUGUGGUUGCACACAGGUUGAGAUGCUCUGCAUGUAGAUCUCUUUGACUUGACAAGAGGAUGUGUUUACCUGCAUGUUUUUAUUUUUCACUUAAUUUCCACAUGGAGAAAUUAAUAAUGGGACAUGUCUCGCUGGUACAAUUUGCAGAGUAGCAGAAAUUCUCACGUGAGCUCCUAACAGAGUUGACAAAGCCACAUUCUAAACCCCUCCAGACUCAGCGAUCCUUAACUCUGGACUCAGAGAGAACUUGGUUCACGUUAAUUAGGACGGAGUGACCGCUCUUCACGUUCUCCUCCUCUCAGCCUUAACGAUCUCAUUUCUAUGCCUCUCAUUCAAUCACCAGCACGGAUCCGUCACCGCGGCAGUUACCAUGACAACGGAGAAACGAUCCCGGCGCAUUCCCCGUUGUCGCGCCGUCGGUUACCAGGCAACAGCAACACAAAUCCAGGAAAAAAACAUCCGGGGAAAGACCUUCGAUCGUCCUCCUGGUCGCCUGAACGUGGAAUAACUGCAGGACUUGUUACUCAUCAGGAUUCCUGGACAGUGCAUUUACAAAAAAACAUGGCGACUUCUUCUCUCCCUUUCUUAGAUCGCAGAGAUCCCCGUCUGAAACUCAAGGUGGAAAACAGAAUAAGAAACAUUUUUGUGACACAGGCGGAGGACACCAGACACAGAGAGGAGAAAGAUGUCAAUCUCAUACCUGUUGUAACAGAGACUGCUAGCCGAGUCCUUGAGGCAGGAGUGAACACUUUGCAAAGGACCCUGGUUCUGAAGAAACAGGCUGAGUUGAGCGAGGUGGACAAGCUACUCGCGCUCAAACGACAAGAGUUUAAGAGCUGCGCGGAGGCUCUGGCGCAGAAAAAGUCUGAACUGGAGAUAAAACAACAGCAGAUUAAAGCGAGGGCGAUGAAAUUUGAGAAGUUUGUAGCUGAAAAUGAAGUGAAGCGACGCAGAGCACUGAAGAAGUACGAAGAUGCUCGGGAGCAGAACAUCUUGAAGCAGAGAGAGAUAGAAGACCUGACAGAACAGCUGAAACAACUUCGAGAUAGACAGCAAAUUUUAAAAGAAAGAAUGGCAAAAUACAAAAUCUACGAGGACUACUUGAUGAAAACACUAGAAUAUCUCCCCAGCACUUACCUCGAUAAUGGGUCAGAUUCUUUGGUUAUGCCCAUCAUUCAGCGUCACGAGACCCUGUCCAUCACCAACCAGGAGCUGCUGCAGCGUUUGGGGCGCCUGGAGGAGGAGGUGGAGGAGGGCCAACGCCGACUGCAGACCAUGAAGCAGGAACACAACAUAAAGAAACUGAUGGCCAACAAAGAACUGUCUGAACUCCAGAGUGAGUUAGAAACCCUCAAAGAGAAGAACAAGCAGGAAGAAGUUAACCUGCUAAUGGAGCAAGGCCUUUCCAGAGAGAAGGUUGAGGAAGUGGGGAGCUUGCUUAUGGCCAUCAACAACCUUGCAGAGCAGUGUUAUCUACCAGCAUAUGGACCUCUGGAAAACAUGAAUGUCUUGACGAUGAUGGACAUGGUGAAGGAGUACAUCUUGGACAAGGCGGACACGGAGAAGAGAGCGAGGAGACUGAUGGAGUCUGCAUCUGCAAUGACAAGCAGGACAGCUUUGACAGACAGGAGAGAGAGGGGAUCAAUGAAAAGCUUUGGCAGUAAAACACAAAUCAAAAGUUCAAGUAAAGUCAGUAGAAAGAGUCAGACAAUGGGUUGAUGAAGAACUUUUAC